AGGAGCUGUAACGGUCGUUCCGGUCGGUUUAUAAGUGCGGUCCUGGAGCGGUAUGGUCUCAAAGUUUCUCUGGUGGACAGCAUGGUGGGAGACUGUUCAACAUCUUCUAGAAAGACGCUUGGACUGGCUCAGAAGGAGCAGGAGAAAAUGACCAAGUUCCAGGAGCCUGUGACAUUCAAGGAUGUGGCUGUGGUCUUCACAGAGGAGGAGCUGGGGCUGCUAGACCCUUCCCAAAGGAUGUUAUACCGAGACGUGACCCUGGAGAACCUCAGGAACCUGGUCUAUGUGGGACACUGGAACCAAAAUGAGGUAGAUUCUCUUCAGGAAGUUGCAUUAAGUUACCUUUUACAUGAAGAUGUUUCAUGCUGGCAAAUAUGGGACCAACUUCGGAGUAAGUUAACCAGAAAUCAAAACUUGAUAAUAAACCUGCGAGGCAAGAAGUUGGAUUUGCCCAAACAUGGUGAUUCCUCCUGUCAGUUGUGUGCAGGAGAAUCUACUCAGGUUUCAGAAGGUGGGAAAUAUGUAAUAAAGCUUGAAGAGGAAGUUCAAAGUUUCGAUAGUAUGAGAAAAGAAGAGUUCCCCAUGAAAACCAUCCACAAUUGCCAGAAGAAAGUGUAUCUGAGAGAGUCACAGAAUGAUCAGACUAGGUGUCAGCCUGGUAUCCACAGAUGUAAAUUGUGCGAGUGUGAGCACUGUGUCAGGAGAAGGACCUCUGGUCUCCACAGUGAUGAUCAGGAAGUACAGGAAGGUAAGACAUCUUAUAGCCACAAGAAUUGUCUGAAAGACUUCGUGAAGCCAUCAUUCCUGCAUAAUGUAAUCCACUCAGAAGAGCACACCUCUUCCAAAAAUGGAAAAGGCUCCAGACUUGGCCCCAGUCUUCAGCUUCAUCAGCAGUUGCACCUGGGAGGAAAACCUCACCUAUGUAGUGAGUUUGGGGAGGGCAAGAGUUAUAGCUCAGAGGUCUACACUCAUCAAAGUGUUCACACAGAAGAGAAAUGCAAAAAGAGUGAUGAGUGUUGUGAGGGCAUAAGUCAAAGUUCACAUCAGCAAAUUCAUCAGCGAGUCCAUACUGGAGAGAAUCGCUACAAAUGUGCUGUGUGUGGGAAGAACUUCAGACUGAGUUCAAAACUUCAAGCUCAUCAGCAAGUCCACACUGGAGAGAAAAUGAACAAAUGUGCUGAGUGUGGGAAGAGCUUCAGGUGGAGAUCAAAACUGCGAAUUCAUCAGCGAGUGCACACUGGAGAGAAACCCUACAAAUGUGGUGUGUGUGGGAAGCGUUUCAGUUGGCGUUCAGGACUUAAAGUUCAUCAGCCAGUCCACACUGGAGAGAAACCCUACAGAUGUGCUGUAUGUGGGAAUAGCUUCAGUCGGAGUUCAUAUGUUAAAGUUCAUCGGCGAAUCCACACUGGAGAGAAACCCUACAAGUGUGCUGUGUGUGGGAAGAGCUUCAGUCAGACCUGCGGACUUCACGUUCAUCAGAGAGUCCACACUGGAGAGAAACCCUACAAAUGUGCUGUGUGUGGGAAGAGCUCCAGUUAUAGUUCAUAUCUUCAAGUUCAUCAGCGAGUCCACACUGGAGAGAAACCCUACAAAUGUGCUGUGUGUGGGAAGAGCUUCAGUCAGAAAGCGCAUUUUCAUUCUCAUCAGCGAAUUCAUUCUAAAUAAAAACUAUGAAUGGGCUGUGUGUGGGAAGAGCUUCGAUCGGACCUUAGGUCUUGAAACUCAUCAGGAGAUCCACAUACAGAAAAAUCCUAUAAAUGUGACAGUCUGGUAAGAGCUUUAGUGAGGUCUUAAGUCUUCAAGCCAAUCAUAGAGUCCAUGCUGAGUAGAAAGUGUACAAAUAUUAUGGUUUUGGUAAGGGCUUUAGUAAAACUUUAUGUUUGCAAGUUCAUCAGAGUGUACAUAAUAUUGGUAAGACCAUCACUCCUGGUGGGUGUUUGAUAAAAGUGUUCCUCAGAGCUCAGACUUCUACCUUUCAUCAGAAAACCUACACAGCUGAGAUCAUCUGUAGAAUGUUGUGUUAAGAAUUCAGCACAAGCUUAGUUUUCUACAGUCACCUGAAUUCCAUUGUGAAAAAUCUCCUUGCAUGAAUGUGGCCAGUGUUCUGGCUUACUUCAAAAUGUGACAGUUCUUCAGGGGAUGCACAACAGAUAAACCCUAUGAGAGCAAUAUUAUGAGUUUGUCAGAACCUUCACAUUCCCCAAAUUCUACACAGGAGGGAGGCUUAAAAGUAAAGACCACCAGGACAUUACCAAAGGUAUAGUAAUGGAUUUGACAAAAUCAACAUGUACGAGAAUUUAAGUUCCAUGGACGCACGAAGUCUUCACUACUGAAUGAACAUGACUGCAAACCAGUGCCUUAGAAAUAGUAGGUACCUAGAAAUGUCUCACUUGAGAGAGGAAAAGCUAUGAAAAAUAGGGUAACUAUAUGAAAAUUCUCAUGAGCCUAGCCUCAAUUAAUAAUAAUAAAUUGUACUAGCAAAUGGAUUUUUGUAAGAAACUUUAAAACUUAAUUCAAGGAGCCCUGGCUGGUGUGGGUCAGUGGAUUGAGCUCCAGCCUGGGCACCAAAGGGUCACCAGUUAGAUUCCCAGUGUAGGACACGUGCCUGGGUUGUGGGCCAGGUCCCCAGUAGGGAAUGCGUGAGACGCAACCACACAUUAAUGUUCUCUCCCUCUCUUUCUCCCUUCCCCUCUCUCUAAAAAUAAGUAAAUUUAAAAAAAUUAAUUCAAGGAAAUGAUCACUUAUCAUAAGCAUAAAAUCAUGCCUUGUGCAAUUUCAGUAUACGAUUUUUGCAAUUGGUUCUUGACCUCAUCUCAUCUUCAGUUUUCAAGUAGUUACUGGCUCCAGGUUUUUAUCUCAUCACUCAGGACUUUCUGUGUGCAGUGUCAUUAGGUGUGUAAUAGAAUAACCUCCAUGGUCUUAUUUUGUGACAGGAACAGACAAUAAAAAUAGGGAAAUCUGCUUUUAAUUCAUUAAAACUUCCUGAGAAACAGCCCUGGCUGGUGUGGCCCAGUGGUUGAGCUCAGGCCUGCAAACCAAAGGGUCAGUGCUUUAUUUCCCAGUAGGUGGCACAUGGAAGGCAACCAUACAUUGAUAUUUCUCUCCCUCUAUUUCUCCCUAAAAAUAAAUAAAAUCUUGAAACUAUACCUGAGAAAGAGGUGUGGGGAAAAGGAGGGAACAUAUACAGGAUUUUGGGUGUUGAACUAAGCUGCUUUGGUUUUAUAUAUAUAGUUUAUGUUUUAUAUUUCCUGAGAGGGGAAGUGAGGGAGAAAGAGGAGAGAAACAUUGAUUGGUUGUCUCUCACACACCUCCAACCAGGGACCAGACCCACAACCCAGGCAUGUGCCCUGACCAGGAAUAGAAUUGACAACCUUUCCAUUUGCAGGAUGAUGGCCAACCGACUGAGGCACACCAGUCAGUUUUUAUCUCAUCACAGAUGAAGCAUUUAAAGCCAGUACACUUUGGAUACCACCUCGUACUUCUCAGAUACUUACACAGUUUUCAGGUUUACUUUCUUGGAUGGUUUACUCAAAUUUGUGUGUGUUGACUGGAGGUAGGGGACAGUUCCCCACAAUUUUUUUCUUAGACCUUACCUUCCAGGGAGUGGAUAUAUAGGAUCCAUGGUGUCACAUGUUUUGUGUCACUGUCAGUGUUGUCAUUAGCAGCCACCAGGAUGGCCUGCCAGAACUCAGGCAAAAAUGAAAAGUGUGCCUUUUAUUUUACAGAAAAAAAUGUCACGGACUUUUUGGCCAUCUCAAUAUAUCUGUGAUACAGGCAUAUGUGCCAAGUGAGAUAAAGUAAGAUUUAGCUGUAAAGGAUUUUCAUUUAUUCAGUAAUUUGAUUUGUUUGGUAGUAUUUUUUUAGCAUAAUCAAUAAAAUAUAAAAUAAUUUAAUUAAAAAAUGUAAGAACCCCCGAAA